AAUUAUCACUAUAUUUUUGGUCAUUGUCCUUGCAACAUACUACGGUAACAUUUUUUUUAAAUCUACACCGUCUUUUCUUAAAGUAAUAAGGAUGAGUUCUGACGAAGAAAAAGGGGAUUCUGGAAAUUCAUUGUUUAUGAGAGCAUCAGAUCGCUACCCUAGAACUCCAAAAUGUGCAAGAUGUCGUAAUCAUGGUGUUGUUUCCGCCUUGAAAGGACAUAAACGAUAUUGCAGAUGGCGGGAUUGUGUCUGUGCAAAAUGUACUUUAAUAGCCGAACGACAGAGAGUAAUGGCUGCCCAGGUGGCUUUAAGAAGACAGCAAGCUCAAGAAGAAAAUGAAGCUAGGGAACUAGGGAUGUUGUACGGACCAACUGGACUGCUACAAUUAAACCCAGAGACAGUUACUAUGUUUCCUGAUGCAAAGAAAUUCCAGUCACCUAUCAGUACAGAAGAAACACCCGCUAAACGACAACGACUUGAUAAAGACACAGAGCAUUCUCCAGGAGGAAAUUCUCCUUCGUCUUCUCCGGAUAUUAACGAAUCAUCACGAUCAUCACCCGGAAACUAUCGACAUUCUCCUGCACCUUCACCGAAAUCAUACGAAACACCAAGCCCAACAGCUGAGUCUGCAUUUCGCAAAUCAAAUGAAGAAAUUAACAAUCUAAACUCACUAAAUAUGUUAUGUCGUAUAUUUCCACACAUGAAGCGUAGUGUUUUGCAGCUGAUCUUACAAGGAUGUGGCGGGAAUAUGGUACAAUCAAUUGAACAAGUAUUGAGUAAUCAUUGUUCGGAACAAACUGACAGUGCAAUACAUGCACCAAAUCCCUUAAUGUCGCCGUUAUCAUCAUCAUUAGCCGGUACAAACUUUAAAUCUGCAUUUUCACCUAUUUCAACGCUGGCUAACGCCGCAUCUCUAAAUGCCAUGAGAUAUGCGUGGGGAGGAAUAGGCGGUAGAGGUCUUGCAUUAGCUAUGCCAUAUCCACCAAUGUUACCAGGCUUAAGUGUCGGUGCUAAUUAUUCAAGCUUUGAAGGACUUUCAAGCAACGGAACAAAGCCAUUCCAUUAUAGCAUGUAUCCUUGCUGUCCAACAAAACCAUUUCCUCAAUCAUCAACAGACAAAUCAAACUGUCUUACCGAUUAAACAGUAUAUUUAACAUGGUGCUGUGAAUGCUUUCACUCCACAGAAUAAUGGUGCAAUAACUGAAUGCUCAAAUAUGUACAUAAACGGUUUUGAAUGGUGGGAUGUUGUUAAAAAAAUGGUUAAGCUAUAUACAUGUAUAUAUAUUGUUUGUCACGUCACGUUAAUAUGUGUAUACAUCACAAAAUGUGUGUUCCAGUUAUUUGUUGCAUAUAGCUUUGUCACAGAUAUUGUAGUUAUGUAGAUAUUUGUUGCCAAUUAAAUUAUUUUUCUGAAUUU